CAUUGAUCUUGUCAGUGUGGUUGGUACUGGGGCCCUAUGAGCUGGGAUGAUGCUGAGAUGAGACUAGAGAACACCCCAGAUGGAUCCUUCCUGGUGAGAGAUAGCUCUGAUGAUCGUCAUAUACUCAGCUUGACCUUCAGGGUUCAAGGUAGCACGCAUCAUACACGCAUUGAACAUCAUAAUGGCAAAUUCAGCUUCUGGUCGCAACCAACCACCCACGGUAGUUCGUCCAUCGUAGAGUUCAUAGAGGAAGCGAUGCGGCACUCACGGAACGGCCGCUUCCUCUACUUCUUGCGCCCUCGAUGGCCAGGACUCCCUCCCGUCCCUCUUCAGCUGCUCUAUCCCAUCUCUCGGUUCCAGAAGGCUCGCUCUCUCCAGCACAUGUGCCGCUUUGUCAUCCGCCGAAACGUCCGGCUCGACCACAUCGAUGCCCUCCCGUUGCCACGGCGACUCAAGGACUAUCUGCGGAAGGGCAGUAUUAUACUCCAGAUGAUAUUAAGCCUUAAGCCAAUGAGAUGA